GUCUACUGAGGAGACUGGUCUCCGCACGAAAUACGAAGAAUGUCGGGAUGCAUGGUUAUAUUAUCACACUUUGCCGCAGACCUUAAAGUCCGCUUAUGAUCAAACCGCCUAGAAAGCCGUAAAUUUGCUAGAUACUAAGCAAGAUACCUAAUCUAAGCACUGGUCUAGUCAGAUUGCUGUAAAUGAUAGUGGAACCAUGUAGAAAUUUUCAUUAAAUAUUGUAGGUUUACGUCCGCCAUUGAUUUGCCGUGUCCCUUUGACCUGGUUACCUUGCAUCUGUCAAAAUGUCAAACUAACCAGGACGUGACGUCACAUACUCAAUACGCUUUUGGAGCACAUGGCUAAUUUACUUACUCGAAAGAGAUAAACAUAAGAUAACUCAUAAAACUUUUCGCUUUUAUCGCAUUUAAAAUGACCGGAUCUCGAUGCGUUGCUCAGGAUUGUGAAAACAAUCAUAAAGCAGGGAAAAGCCUUCAUUUGAGCCCAAAAUCGGGUCCAAAAAAGGCGGAGUGGAUACGCUUUGUACGACUCCACUCGAAGAAUUUCAAUCCGUUGGGUCGUUUUGUUGUGUGCUCGGACCACUUCGAGAGAGAAUGCUAUCACUUUGGCGAGGGGUCCGAGUUAAAGCGCUAUUUGAUAAAGGGAUCCGUACCAACAAUUUGGAAACCAAAGAAAACCAUUGCUUCACCAUCGGAUCGGGAAUUGCGUCAAAGAGCAAAGGAAAUUAAGGAGCUUUUAGCAACAGCAGGUGACAGUGGAAUGGUGCGAGCUCAUGAAUCUGCCACAACAUCUUCCACGGUCUCUACCUUGGACCUACCCGCCUCAGCUGAAGACACACCAACUGAAACCAUGCCCCCCCCCCCCCUUAGAAACCCUCCCCAUAGACCAACCUGCCCCAGUUGGAGACAUGUCAACUGAUAACUUGCACGUCCAAGAAUCCCACCCGGUAGACCCACCGGCCCCACUUGGAGAUGCGCUAAUCAAUACCAUUACUUCACAAGAAUCUCACUCCAUAGACCCACCCGCCCUAGCAGAAGACACACCCAUAGAUGCUACGACCAUACCUCCCAGAGCCAAUGUGUUCCAUGUAGUUGAUUAGGGCAGUGAGGGGUCAUUAUUUAUAAACAAAUGAUCUAAGAUUUCUGUUUUUAUGUCAGCAUAAUGGAAUGAGCUGAAAAUAUGUACAUACAAUUGUCAAUUCAGAGCAAUUUGGCUAACAUGGAAACUGAUUAAUGAGAAAUAAAUACGAUGUUUCACUGCUCAAUUCCA